AUGGCCCGCCUGGAGCCGUUCUUGCGUGGCAUGGAGCACUACUCCAAAGUGAUCGAAGUACUUUGCAACGGAACGCCCUAUCCCCCCUGGAUCUGGGCACCUGUGAAGCUGAUGCUUAUGAUAUCCUGGAGUUUCAUCGAUGUGCAUACAAAUUUGUUCGCCAAAGUUAGGUGGCUGAAAGAUGGAGGCAGUAAAGCGUUUUUAUGGCUGACUGGGAAACCUGGAGCAGACGGCUCCGAGGCAACUUCUUCUCGAAUCCUGCGUUCACUCGCAUCACAGACCAUCCAAAAACAUCAAGAUCUUGCCAUCCACGUACACGACGUAUACUUUCAAUCUCACCCCGUCCCAACAAGGAAGGCAUUGUUAUGCCUUCUGCCAGAGCUCUUACAAGGAAUAGGUUCCGCGCGACUAGUUAUCGACGGUGUCGAUGAAUGUUCAGCAAGCGAUCAGGUAGAACUUCUCAAAGACAUGACACAACUCCGCACGAACACUUCCUCGUCGUUGAACUUGAAAAUUCGAAUAGCCAGCCGGAAUACUCUGGGUAUCUUGGGGGCAAUAUACAAGAAGAGGGGUGCAGCUACUACAAUCUCUUUGAGCGACAGCCAAGAGGAUCUUGCGAUAAGCCGUUCAAUUGAGCAGUUCAUCGAUGAUCGGCUAGCGGAUCUUCCUGAUCAUCUGCAUGACUUGGAUCCUGAUGGGUCCAUACUUGCAGAAGUGAAACAAACACUGGCAACGAAAUCUAACGGUAUGUUUUUAUGGGUGCGCCUAGUCCUCGACUCACUGGAGACAAUAUACAGCCCGGAGGCGUUCAGAGACGUGGUUAAAAGCCUACCUUCUGAUCUAGAAACCCUGUAUGAACGUGUACUCCUGCGUAUCUGUAGUGCCCCUGGACCUCAGGAAUAUGGAGGAGUUCCUCAUAUCAUCAGCUGGAUAUGUUGCGCGCAAAGACCUCUGCUGAAACAUGAACUUCUUCAAGGAUUGGCGUUCUCCAAGAAUGACGCAGUCAACGAUGCUCGCAGCAUCCCGCUUGCACAAGUCCUGGACCAUUGUAAGCCUUUUAUUGAGGAGCGAUCGGAUUCAACAAUUGUGUUUGUCCACUUUUCUGUCCAAGAAUUCUUCGCAAAGCAUCAUUCACUUCAAAUCAUUCCAUCCAGUCAAGGACAGCUUUACAUGGCAAACGCCUGUGUUGUCACACUUAUUCGUGCUUUAGACCUUGUCCGCUCCGGAGCCGAUCUUUUCCAGAAUCGUAUACAGUUUGCCAGUGGAGCCUACCGACUCUUAUCGUACGCAGUAGAGUUUUGGAUUGAGCACUGCUUACUGUAUGCUUCAUCUACCGACGCAAUUGUGUUUGAUGGCUCGCUCUCUCGUAAUCUUGCCAAUCUCUACGAGACGCACAAUAACAUUGUUGUGUACUUGUUAUCGCAGACAGAAGUCGCAGGGAUCUCAAAAGUUACUCUACAGGCUUUCCAAAACUCUUGUGCGUCUACAGCGUUCCGGUGCCGUUAUCCUCGGUGUGCGCGAUCGUCAAUAGGCUUCGCUUCCCUACAGAUGCAGACACAACAUGAAGCUGGGCAUGCUCAGCGUGUCUACUGCAGAGAAGAAUCAUGUCAAUAUCAUCGCAUUGGAUUCUCAAAGAGGGCCGCACUCAACGCACAUAUACGAGCACUUCACACUGCAAAUCCUACAUUGCUGAUACCAGCAAGAAUUCGAAACGCAAAAGAUGACGACGAGGCCCAGAGAGACGACCUCAAUUCAUCUACUGAGCAAAGGGCCCGUACUCUUUCCAAAGGCCCCCCCCCCAAAUCCCCGAAUGCCCAGCAAAAAAGACAUUCAACGCAAACUGUGACAAGCGAAGCAGAAGACCGUUCUGUAACUGCUCUUCCUUCAGCUUGGGGAAUUUACCAACGGUUAAAAAACAAUGUGCGAUUGGACUUCGCACCUAUGGAGUUUAAUCUACCAGCCAAAGAACACAAUCUCCUACCAGUAACAGAGAAGAUGCGAAUAGACAUGAUACCGGAAAAUUUCGAUUCAUCGAUCAAGGCACACUUGCUCCGUGUCCCAGUUGCAGAAUUUCGACCAAUAUUGGCAGGCUACAUCAGCAGGCGAGGCUUGCCAGAAAACAGCACGGAGGCACAAAGCGAAGCUGUACGUGGUGGAGACGUUCAUUCUAAACGUACAGACUACCAGCAAGGCAUGCGUCUUCACACCCAGACAAAAUCGUACGUACUUGAGGAUCUGGAGCGCGCGCGUCUCGCACCAGGCAGUGGUUUGGCAAAGCCUAAUGAGGAACUGAUUGAAUUUUUGGAAUCAAGUGCAGACAAUAGUGCUGCGUAUCCCCACGCCAGAAUAUUUACUACACCAUCUCCGCUCCCUGGCACACCCUACCCUUACCCACGUCCACAUACAUCUGUCACCACGGAUCAGCAUUCUAGCCCAAUGGCGUCAACACAGUUACCCGCUUCUUCACUGGCCAAUGUAGUUAACGAUGAUCCUCCCCGCGAUAAGACAGGCUUUGAGUCCAAUACUUCUUUGAAGGACAAUAUGGAAGCCCUGGAUUCUGAUUGGGUUCACAGUUGGUUCGCAGACGACAAGUGUAGAAUAGCUAACAAUAUAGCUCGAUUUGCAAGAGACUGGACAGAAAUUCCCGCCCUGGAGACAUUGUAG